GUGAGAAUGGCGGUUGAAGUGAGAUUGCCGGUGGCAAGGAAGCGAGUUACUGAAUCGGUGCAGUUAGACAAUACCCGGCACCUGGUAUCACCCGGGGACACCAUCACCACUGACACCGGGUUUAUGAGAGGUCAUGGAACUUAUAUGGAAGAUGAAAAGCUUUUAGCAUCAGUGGCCGGUGUGGUAGAGCAUGUGAACAAACUUGUAUGUGUCAGAGCCUUAAAAACCAGAUACAAUGGAGAGGUUGGAGAUGUUGUCGUUGGCCGCGUUACAGAGGUGCAGCAGAGGAGAUGGAAAGUGGAUACAAACUCCAGACUGGACUCCGUAUUGCUCCUUUCAGCUGUAAACCUUCCCGGAGGGGAACUGAGACGGAGGUCAGCAGAGGACGAGUUGGCAAUGAGGAGUUACCUGCAGGAAGGAGACUUGAUCAGCGCAGAGGUUCAGGCUGUAUACUCUGAUGGAGCUCUCUCAAUGCACACACGAAGUCUCAAGUAUGGCAAGCUUGGGCAAGGUGUCCUUGUUCAGGUUUCUCCUUCAUUGAUAAAAAGACGGAAAACUCACUUCCACAAUUUGCCCUGUGGAGCGUCAAUCAUUCUUGGGAACAACGGCUUUAUAUGGCUCUACCCUACUCUGGAGCAGACAGAAGAUGAAGCAGGGGGGUUUGUCACCAAUCUGGAGCCAAUCUCCUUAACUGAUCGAGAAGUGAUUUCGCGGCUACGGAACUGCAUUCUUGCCUUGGCUGCCCAGCAGAUGUUGUUGUACGAUACCAGCAUCCUCUACUGCUAUGAAGCUUCCAUGACGCACAUGAUCAAAGACAUACUGAAGAUUGAGGUUAUUGAAGAUAUAGUGCUGGAGACCAGGCAACGUCUUGUAGAACAGGAAAGCUAAAUCUUGGUUCUCGGUUCCAGGUUCCAUACCUAAUUCCAUGCAAGACCCAUUAGGCCAAGUGAAUAAUUACCUUCAGAUCUAAGAUAUACAUUUCUGGUGCAGACAUUUUCACUUGCUUUUCUGUGUAACAAUUCAACUGUUCCAUUUUUG